AUGCAAUGCAAACAUGAAUGCUCACACAAACCGUGGAGAGGAUGCACGAUCUUUGGCUCAUGGAAUGGGAACAUGGCUGUAGUAAACGUAAUUAAUCAGCAGGCCUUUCUCAAUAUGCCAAACAUUAUGUUAUGGAGUGAACCUGGUCUUGUACCUGAUGACAGUGACCAUGUUGAAGAUAAGGUUUGUGCAGCGCUUCAAGGAAAGAAUGUGAUCCCAAAGGUUGGGAUUCAAGAUGGACCAGAGGCCUUUAAAAAGUUGAUGAGCAGUCAUCAGAAUGAUGGAAAGCCAGUGAAUAUUCCUAGUAUGAUGGGAGAACAGGAAAGGGCCAGCCAUUUUGUCGGAAGUCCAUACUGUUUAGCCAACACACCAGGCACUCCUGUUGGUAGUUAUGAAUCUGAGCACUUUUUCAUUAACUGUGGCAGAACUGUUGAAAGUGCUAGCUUGCAUAAAAAACUACAGAAAAUGCACAGUACUGGAAGUGAUGCCAGUAGACAACUUCAAGUUGGUGAAGCUUCACCUAUGAAACCAACUAUUGCAAACUUUCUGGAAGAUUUGAAUUUGACAAAAUAUAUUUCCACAUUUGAAGAUCAAGAUGUGGAUUUUAUUACACUACUAACCCUCACAGACAGUGAUCUAAGAGAAGUUGGAAUUUCAUUGUUUGGUCCAAGAAGGAAAAUUCUUACAGCAAUAUCAGACUGGAAGGAAGAAAAUAAUUAUUUGAACACAGAAAAUGACAGAAAAGCUCUGGAGGAAUGCCAACAUCAAGCUCACAAAAUAGAAGCACAGCUUCUUAAUGCCACUUCUGAAGUGAAGCAGCUUCAAACUCUUCUCUCUCAGGAGAAAGACUUGCGUCUUUGUGUUGAAGGUUGUCUUGUGGAAGAGAAGGCUAAACGACAAGAGAUUUACAUGAGGGUGUGUCAAAUGAGGGAACACUGGCAACAAGUGGAAGAAGAAGGGGAAAAUUUAAAAUCUCUAUGCAGAGAAUUAGAAGAGAAUGGUAACUUUUCUCAGGCAAGAGUGAAAGAGGUGUAUUGUAAACUAGCAAGCUCUAUUGAAAAUCUGGGAAAGGUUGUUCAGUUAGGUAAAACUGGUAUCAGUUCUAUUUUGUAUGUGGAUCAGAAUUCCCAAGAUGGGAAUUCCUCUGAAUCCUCUGGUAAUUCAAGUUCUUAA